AUGUCGCACAGAUUUCCACACGCUGAUCACCUCACUAACGAAGAGGUUGAUUACGAACUAUUAAUCCGCGGUAAGAGAAAUGUUAUGGCUACUGAGCCAGAGGCUAAAUAUCGCCUUUUGCGGAAUCUCUUCCACGACGAUAUCCGCGAAAAGCGAGACUACCCGUCGCCCUACACCAUCGAGCAGGAGUUUGACUAUAUCGCGGGUAAGGUCUAUGAUUUGGAGAAGAAAUUGGGUCGCGGCGUGGAUGAUCGGGUCAUGUCCCGGUUGAUCCACUACGCUAUGCGAGCGGCUAGAAGCCAAGCACCCGAUGCUCGCUCGGAGAAAAUGCGACGGGAAUUGUGUGGCUCCAUUCGGGAGGUUUUGAACAGAGCUAAUGGGAAAAAGGUUACCGACGAGAAAAAGGGUAGGACAAAAGCGUUAGAUGCGCGCCGAAACUUGUCGACGGAGUUGGAUGACGCAAACGGAGGUGCAGUAGGUGGUUAUUCGUUGGAGGAGUUACAACGCGGAAUCGCCGAAGCCUUGCGACGUGAUCCUUCGAGUGGUGCAUACCCGAAGCAACCUCCAGGGAAUCGGGAUCCAGCCGUAACUCCAAAACAGUCCGAGGACCAGGCACUCCUGGAGCGCAUUGCGAGUUUGGAAAGGGAACUGGCGAAGGCACGAAUGGAAGGUUCACGCCAGAGUGCGCCCCCGCGCGUCGAGCGGAUAGCCUCAGAGGGUGGUCCGACAAAAUUCCAAAAAGUGAGAGAGAAGCCACGGGAACGGCAUUCGAUGAUUUUUCCUCUAGACCUCAACAAUCCGUGGGCGGAACAACGCGAGCAAAACCGAUGGGACCGUUAUGAACCUGAGCGUGUUCGACGCGACUUAUCGCGGGAUCGUCAGGGAGGUGAUAUCGGGGUAGACCGGCGGAAUCGGGACCGAUAUUCACCGGAUCCAGAUCGUGAACGUAGGGAGCAUCGCCCCAGACACGAUCGUGAUGCCAGUAGUCGUCAGAGAGGCGAUACCGGGGCAGACCGGAGGGACCGGAACCGGUUUUCGCCAGAUCCAGAUAGUGGACGCAGGGAUCAUCGCCCCAGAGUCGAGCGUGAGCGCUGGGAUUCUAGCGACAACGACAGCUCUCUCACGGAUGAUAACGUGUUCAGUCCGCAUCGCAGGCGAGAUAGCCGAAGGGAGCGGCGAAUUAGCGACGCCGAAAUUCAAAACGCUGACCGCCGAAUGGAAAAGUGGCAUUUGACCUUCAGUGGCGAUAGUCGGCAACGGCCAUUAGAAGAUUUUCUCCACAAAAUCCGUCGCUUAGCGCAUAUGGAUCGCAUUGCGGACGACGUACUUCUGCAACGAAUCCAUACGAUCCUUAGAGGGGAAGCUUAUGACUGGUACCUAUGCUAUUCUGACGAGUUUCUCACUUGGGAGGACUUUGAAGAAAGGAUACGGUACAUGUACGGUAACCCCAAUAAGGACCAAGGGAAUCGGCAGCGGAUUUACCAGCGGAAACAGCAUCGGAAUGAAACCUUUCUUUCGUUUAAGAUGGAGAUCGAGCGACUCAACAAAUUGUUGACCACACCGUUGGACCAGCACCGUCUCUUCGAGGUGAUUUGGGACAACAUGCGACCGCAUUACCAAUCGAAAUUGGCCUGCAAGACGGUUCGAGAUUUACGAAAGCUCGAAUAUUAUGCUUAUCGCAUCGAUGCGUACGAUCCCACCUUUCGACAGAAUCGGGAUGUACCAGCUCGACCCCCCAAUCGAGUCCAUCAGAUCGAAGUGGAGAACCGUACCAGCGACGAGUCGUAUUCGGAGGCGGAAGAGGUCAAUUUUAUUGGACGGAAAGGUGAGCAGCGAAGGAAACCUGUUGAGUCAGCCAACCUUCCAGCGGAAACCCGACCAGUGCGGCAGCAACCAGCACACGGAACGGAGCGCUUGGGCCCGUUGUGUUGGAACUGUCGUAAGGCGGGGCAUGUCUGGAGACAUUGUUCCGAAGAAAAAAGAAAGGUCGGAAAACUAAGUCAGGAAUGCAAAAAUGGGAACAACCGCAUUCCAACUGACAGAGACGUUCCCAAUGAAGGUUUUGACGAUCUACUCCAGAAAGUGUGUGAGGUGCGAGUUCAGACCGAGAGUUGUCCGCACAUUACGGUACACAUUUUCGACCAAGUAUAUGACGCACUGCUAGAUUCGGGAGCCAGUGUCAGUGUGACGAACAUCCCUGACAUUGCUGAACGAAACGGUCUAAAACUUCAGACCAGUCCUUUGAAAAUAGUGACCGCCGAUAAAACCGUUCACGAGAGCUUGGGAUACGUGCAGCUGCCCGUACGAUUUCGAGGGGUGACAAAUGUUCUGCCUAUUCUAGUUGUUCCUCAAGUCUCACAGAACCUAAUUUUGGGAUAUAACUUCUGGAGAAAGUUUGGUAUUCAGCCAAUGAUUCAGGGAGAUAACGGAUUCGAGUUAAUCACUGCUAUCGAGUCAACAACACAAGAUAUUACGCCGGCAGCAGGGAAAUCGAUCACGACGUUACCCGCCUUGAAACCGAUGGGGCCAGAUGAGACGCUGGAUAUUCCGGCGUUGGAAUUGCCAGAGCCGUCGAAAACGACCCCCGAAACGGUUGAGACCGAACAUGAUCUGACGGUAGAGGAGCGGGAAAGUUUGGUGAAAGUCAUUAAGAUGUUCCCUUGCACGACCGAAAACAGACUGGGGAGAACAUCGUUGCUGAAGCAUGAAAUUGUGCUCCGAGAGGAGGCAAAACCGUGUCGGCAACCGUUGUACCGAUGUUCGCCUGCAGUACAGGCGGAGAUGGAAGCAGAGUUAGAGAGGUACAAACGGAUGGAUGCCAUUGAAGAAUGCACUAGCGAGUGGGCAAGUGCUCUAGUUCCUGUUCGUAAGACGAAUGGGAAGUUAAGGGUGUGCUUAGACUCGCGGCGGAUCAAUGCUUGGACCAAGAAAGAUUCCUAUCCCAUGCGAAACAUGGGAGGAAUAUUCCACCGGCUUGGUAAGGCCAAGUAUUAUUCCGUUGUGGACCUGAAAGAUGCGUAUUUCCAAAUUCCUUUGAAGGAGGAAUGUCGGGAUUAUACCGCUUUCAGGACCCCACAAGGAUUGUUCCGUUUCAAAGUCUGUCCGUUUGGCUUAACUAAUGCGCCCUUCACGAUGUGUCGCCUGAUGGACCGUGUGAUAGGUUUUGACCUAGAGCCAAACGUCUUCGUCUACCUAGACGACAUCGUUAUCGCUACGAAGACGUUUGAGGACCACGUCCGACUUCUGCGGACCGUGGCGGAACGCCUAGCCAGAGCCAACCUAACCAUCUCGCUUGACAAAAGCCGCUUCUGUCGCAAGCAGGUUACAUAUUUGGGCUACUUGCUUACCGAAGAAGGCGUAGCCAUAGACAAUAGUCGAAUCGCCCCGAUUCUGAACUAUGCUCGACCCCGAAAUGUGAAGGACAUUCGUCGCCUGUUGGGAUUAGCCGGAUUCUACCAACGUUUCAUCCGAGAAUACAGUCGGAUCGUGGCGCCGAUAUCCGAUCUUCUAAAAAAAUCGAGAGCGAAGUUUGUCUGGACUGAGGCAGCUGAAGCCGCCUUCGGGGAGCUAAAAGCUGCGUUAGUUUCAGCACCGAUUCUGGGGAAUCCAGAUUUUUCGCUUCCGUUCUCGAUCGAGUCCGAUGCUUCGGAUAAUGCGGUUGGGGCAGCCCUGAUUCAACACCACGGUAACGUGCCGAAAGUCGUGGCCUACUUCAGCAAAAAGUUAAGUAGCACUCAACGGAAAUAUGCGAGUGUCGAGAAGGAAUGUUUGGGAGUGCUCUUGGCGAUCGAACAUUUCCGCCACUUUGUUGAAGGGACCCGAUUUAAGGUAGUCACCGAUGCUCGAGGUUUGUUGUGGCUGUUUUCGAUUGGGGUUGAAUCUGGCAAUGCGAAACUGCUUCGUUGGGCUCUAAAAAUCCAGUCGUACGACAUCGAGCUGGAGUACAGAAAGGGCAAGAGCAAUAUCCUGGCGGAUUGUUUGUCCCGGUCAGUCGAAACUAUUUCUGUACAGGCGGUAGAUGUCGAACAACAAGAUCUGGCCAAUAAAAUCCAGCAAGAGCCAGCCAAGUACCCAGACUUUCGUGUUGCCAACGGGGAAAUCUGGAAGUUCGUGAAGGUGGACGGAGGAGUUGAGGACCCGCGAUUCCAGUGGAAACGGUAUCCAGCAAAAGCGGAGAGAACCGAGAUUGUACGUACGGUUCACGAACGUGCACAUUUGGGCUUCGAGAAGACAUUGAAUGCUGUGAGGGAACGAUUCUAUUGGCCAUACAUGAGCAGUGAAGUGAAGCGAAUCUGUCAAACCUGCUUAACGUGUCAGAUGAGUAAAGCUUCGAACCAGAACACGACACCUCCCAUGGCCAAUCAGAAGAAGAUCGCUCAGUACCCGUGGCAAUUUCUCGCAAUGGAUUAUGUCGGCCCUCUGCCAACUUCAGGCAAAAAUCUAAAUACGUGCCUUCUGGUGGUGACCGACCUGUUUUCCAAAUUCGUGAUUGUUCAGCCCUUCCGACAAGCAACAGCGGAAUCGUUAGUCAACUUCGUGGAGAAUUCUCUGUUCCUGCUGUUUGGAGUACCGGAAGUGAUCCUCUCGGAUAAUGGAUCCCAGUUCACCUCUUCGUUAAUUAACGAUCUGUUGACCCGGUACCAUGCCACACACUGGAGAACGCCCAAUUACCACCCUCAGGUGAAUGACACGGAAAGGGUUAACAGGGUGAUAACGACUGCUAUUCGGGCUUGCAUCAAGAAGGAUCACAAAGAAUGGGCGAAUAACCUGCAACAGAUCGCCAACGCGGUGAGAAACUCCGUCCACGAAGCCACCCACUACACUCCUUACUUUGUCAUGUUUGGUCGGAACAUGGUAUCCGACGGCCGGGAAUAUCGGCAUCUGCGCGACGCUCCAACUCCGAGUAACGACAAGAUUGUAGACGAGGAGAGGGAAAAGAUGUUAGAAGAUGUGCGGAAAAAUUUAAAAACCGCUUAUGAAAAGCACUCCUCGUACUACAACCUGCGCUCCAAUGCGAACUGUCCUACCUACUCGGUCGGUGAGCAGGUGCUCAAAAAGAAUACGGAGCAGUCGGACAAAGGGAAAGGGUUUUGCGCCAAGCUGGCACCGAAGUACAUUCCAGCGGUGGUGGACUGCCUGGGAAAACAGUCCCCGCACUCUGGUUACGCUGAACUGGGCAGCAAUCUGAUUGCUCAGAAUUGGUCCAGUGAGGAGAAUCACGAGUUCGGUGUUUGA